UUCCUCCUCAGUCCUGUAGGAGCUCCACUGCAAACUUCACUCAGUUUGAGGUGGGUCCACUAAGGGCUCCUGAUCCUUGCUGACACACAGCAACAUGACUGGAGCUCAGAGGUUCGCCCUCUUUGGCUGCCUGCUGCAAGGUGUUUUGUGCAGUCAGUGGUCAGUGAGGAUGCCUCCGAGUAUAGAAGCUCUGACUGGAUCCUGUGUGCUGAUUCCCUGCAGUUUCCACAUUCCACCAGAGUGGGACGAAUAUCUGGAAGAGACAGUAAAAGGAAUAUGGAAAAGGGGCUUCAAAGGAGGGGAAACUGUGUUUGAUUCCAGUGUUUCAGGGCAAGAGAAUCAGAUUCAGGGACAUAUAACUGGAGAUUUGCUUCAGAAGAACUGUACUACAGUACUGUACUACGUUAAACCUGAAUGGGUUGACCACUUGUUCUUCAGAGUUGAAGGAUUAAACAGUCUCAGAUACAGUUUUGAUCCUCCGGUCUAUAUUACUGUUAAAGACUCUCCAGCGAAACCCCAGAUCACUCCAGAGAAAGUGAGGGUGAAGGAGGGGGACACUGUGAGUUUGAGCUGCUCUGCUCCAGCCCCCUGUCCCAUACUUCCCCCAACUCUGACAUGGACCCCCAGGCUGAAUGACAGUGUCAGUGUUACUGAACUGCAGGAGAAGGAGGAUAAAACCAAAUAUGUGUCUUCUGUGUUGAACUUCACUGCAUCGUAUCUCCACCAUAACAAGGAAAUGAGCUGCUCUGCAGUUUACUCACUACAAGUGGACAGCAGUGAGAAAACAUCCCAGAACAGUUUCAUUCUUGAUGUUCAGUAUCCGCCUAAGAACACCUUUGUCUCAGUAAGUCCUGCUGGUUCACUGUUAGAAGGGCAUUCAGUGACUCUCAACUGCAGCAGCAAAGCCAAUCCAGCAGUGAAGAAUUACUCCUGGUAUAUAGUGACUGAAAGUGGGAAUAAAACAGUUGGAUCUGGGCAGGAACUCAUCUUUAAUGUAUCUAGAGAUGGUGGACAGUACUAUUGUGGAGCUCAGAAUGAACAUGGAACUGAAAAUUCAGCAAUGGUUGUUCUACAUGUGACAUAUCCUCCCCGGAUCUCUCCUCCCUGGAGCUGCAACAGGACCGCAGCAGAGAUCAGCUGUUGCUGUGAGAGUCGAGGGAAUCCCUCCCCCACCAUAGAGUGGCGUCUGUCUGACCAGGUGCUCGCUAACUCUACUGACAGAGUCGUUGUGGAGGAGCGCCUGGGGACCACAGGGCUGAGGAGCUCCAUCACCAUGCGCCAGAAACAGGGAGACACACACGUCCUUUUCUGCCUCAGUCGCAACCCUCUUGGCUCCUUUGGUGUCCAUGUUUACAUCCCUCCCUCUGAGUCUGACUCAGGCCUGAUUCAUAAGCUUCCCUCUCUGAUGAUUGGAACUGCUGCAGGGGCUGCUGGGAUGAUGCUUGUUUGCAUCUUAUUUCAACUUUUUCUGUGUUUCAGGAGGAGGAGGAAAAGGCAUAAGCACAGCACAAGGAUGGAGGACACUGCACAGUUAAUACUGACAGAUCAGACUCCUAAAGCCAUGUUGUCGGGAGACAUGGGAAUCACAGGUGCUGCCGAUGAGGAGGACGAAGACAGGGCCACCACUCUCCACUAUGCCAACAUUGACUUCUCCAGUGUCCAGAGCAAUGGGAAGGAACAGGGAGUCAUUCGGGGAGGUUCUCAAAAAACAACCGACUACGCUGAGAUCCGCCGCAAACCCCAAAAUGACAUUGAGGUCAGGGAGUGUAAAGCUGAGCUGCAGGAUGAGGAGGGAGAGUAUGCUGAAAUCCUGGGGACUAGGCCUGGGGCCGAGGGAGAGGAGAAGAAAGGAGAACCACUGUCUGAAAGUGGAGAAUCAUCUGAGGGUGAGCUCCAAUAUCCAAGUUCUACACAGGACCAAGAGGAACAAACUGAGCUAGAGGAAGAAGAGGAGAUGGAGGAGUGGGGAUUGUCUCAUGAUCCACCUGAAUCCAUACAGGAGGCAACAUAUGGGAACAUCUGCAAACAGCUUCCAGCUACAGAGAAAGAAACAAGAGAUCUGCUUUAAGGAUGGCAGCUUUUGAUAUAGACGAGAGGGACACAGCUGAUGGGUCAACUUUUAUCAUCACAUUAACAGUUGAAGCAAAGGCGGUGCAGAAAAGGGUCCCAGUGACAAUGAGUAAGCUGCAGUCAGAAGGAAGAAUAACAUUCAGCAGAAAAGCCAUUAGUCUUCCUCGAGCAGUGGUGAGACACUGAGAGCACAGCUAUAACCGCUGGACCUUCAGUGGAGCUCACUGUACGUAUUACUUCAUAUAAAGCUGGAAACAUAAUUUUGAAAGAAAAAAGUCACUUCCAAACCUUCUAAUUUAUCUGUU